GACCUGCCUACCGCAUCUCAGAUCCUCCAAAUAUGACACAGAGAAACUUGGAGCUAUCAUUCUCUCUUUCACCCCCUCUCUCCCCAUCUGUCUUCUUCCUCCCCCUUCUCUCUCCCUCUCUAUCUCUGUCAUGUGGUUAUCUGAUGGUUGAGAUCAACAGAUCUGUGUUGUAGGGAGGAUCUACAGCUCCCAGCCAUACAGUACAGUCCUGCAACAGCCAAAGCUGAAGUUAAAACCACUGAGUCUGUUUAAUGGAAAGACAAUCAAGAUGGACAACAAAGCUCUUUGAACUUAAACUUUGACCGAGGUGGAGCAGGCUCUCGCGCAAUGUAUCUAAUAUAAUGAAGCUCUUUAAGAAUGACAACAAAAGUUAUUUAGUUCAUUUGUAUAUAUUUUCCCAUAGGGACGAUGAGCAUGCUCUGAUCCUGCAGUACUGCCAGACCCUGGGGGGGGAGGGGUCUCCCUGCAGCCAGCCCCAGAGCCCCGCCCAGAUCCUACAGGCCGUGGAGAGGGAGGAGCGUGGGGAGCUGGAGCGAAUCAUCCAGCGCCUGGAGGAUGAGCAGAGGACCCUGAAAAGGGAGUAUGAACAGCUGAAGGAGCAGCACGGGGACCAGCGGGGGCCUGGGUCUGUGGGGCAUUGGGACCCUGAGGGGUCCUCUCACCCCGGGGGUCCUGGUGAGGCUGACCUGCUGGCUGAGGCCAAACUGCUCCGGCAGCACAAGAGCCGUCUGGAGGACCGCAUGCACAAACUGGAGGAGCACAACAAGCAGCUGGAGUCCCAGCUCCACCGGCUCAGACAACUACUGCACCAGCCGGAGAUGGACUCCAGGGUGAAUGGAGUGUCGUCCCCCAGCAUGCAAGAACGAGGGGCCCUCACCGAACACACAGAUGAGCUGUUGGACCACCCACACAACCGCAGCUCUGACCUGGCAGACAUCAUGGAACAGAUAAACCAUACCUUCCCUGCAUGCAGUCCUUCAAGCCUCUCCUCGAGACCACAGGUGAUGUGAGAGCCAUCAGCAAAGAGGAAGGUGUGUGUGUUUUCUGAGACAGAAACAAUCCCAAACACACAGCUUCUAUGCUUUCCCUCGCUAAACCUUUCAGAAGGACAGAUGGAGAGCUAGACCCCCUAGCAAGAGACCCCCCGGUAAAACCCAAAGACACACAGGACCGCAGGACUUUACUACUAUUACCACGUCGUCGUCUUGUACUAUGCAAAAUGUACAUUUUAUUAACUGUAGAUUGUACCUGGAGUCGGUUAAACAUUUGUCAGUAAUUUGUAUGAAUAUGCCGAUGAUUAUGGGGGUUCGGGGGCUUUGUAUAACAACAUAUGUUUUUUGUGGGAUUUGUUUUGUUUUUUGUUCCGCUUUCACUGGGAAUCAAACUCCUCUCUGCUUCUACCCUACUACCGUCAUCACGGAGGACAUGGUAACUGUUUUUAUAUCCAAUUUGGGGAAGGUGGCCCAUUUUAAGAUUAUCGCCUCAAAUAAUCGUUUUAGACAAUAGGCUCUGUGUCUGUCCUCAAAGCAUCACAUUUGUUUUGAAAAUGUUUUUCCUCCCUUUAAAGCGUUAUUCAUGCGAUUCUGUCGGCGUUGUCAUGCCUGCCGCAAUUGCGACGUUAACGUAACCCCUUCUGUGCCUAUACAGUUGUCAUUCCAAGUGUGGCAGACUGAUUUAACGUUGUAGUAAUUAAGUUGGAUUGUUGUAUAAAGGAGAGGGGCAGAAACUAUAAAUUAAUGGAACCUUAAGCUGUUCUGAAAUAAUCAAGUUUGUAAGAGGCCCACGGUCCAUCAUUGUGUAGAAUAGUUUUAUAAAUAUAUGUUUAAAAAAAAAUCAGAAGAAAGCCAUGAUUGCCUUGCUACCUCAGACAAACACCUUUUCAUUUGCGUGGUCUGUAACUUGUUUAAUUUCCAUUUUACUGUACUCACAACAAGAAAACAAACCGAAAAACAUUCUAAACGUGUUGCUUAUAGAGGUGUACUGCAGUGGGGAGAUACCCAGCAGAGUAAAAUAACAAACAAAACACAAAGACAUCCUAUUAGUUAACUACCCAUGGGUCUGUGGCCUUUCUACGUUGCCCUGAAUCGGUAUACUGUGUCUGGCUCUGUUGAUUUCCCCCUGUCAGACCUCUAGCACUGCUCUCUCUGAGUUAUGCGUUGUGUUUUGUGCUAUGCUAUUCUGUAAAACUUGUUAGUUUUAACAAUGCUAUUAUAACCUCCUCCAACUAUGUCCUUGGACUUAUGAUGAUGAUAAUAUAGUGUACCAUGGCAGAACAGCGUCUUUCCUGAGGUAUGUAGUAUAGAUUGACCACACUACAUGUAAUAUGGCUACAUACUGUAUGUUUUAUUCUAAAUACAUUUUUAUAACAACUUUUAUUUCUCUGGACUCUUGCUUCAAGGACCUAUUAACAAUGCGUGCUUCCCCAGAAUACAUUGGUCUACACUACAAGCCGGCAACAGCGAAACAAGUGUGAAAAAUGGCUAGAUUCUUUAUAGUGUUGUUUGCCGUAAAAAUGUCCACCAAAUGUUAAACAGUUAGCAAAUCAAGUGACAUUGUGAAUACUGAAUAGUGUCGUUAGCGUUGUUGUCAGUUUGUCACAGACAACAACCCAGUAGAUAUUGCCAUCUAAUGUAAAGCAUUCUAUCACAAUUCAUACAUUUUUAAGCAAAUACAUAUGUUAACAUAUUUACCGCCCCUAUUUGCAAACGUCUCAUCAGGAGAUAAUCUCCCAGCAUUCAACAGCAUCCCAUGGUGGCCAUCCAUAAUGGCUAGGAAGGAAAUGGUCCUCGUUAUGAGCAGAAAUCUACCACGUCGCCUGGCACCCACCGCAGACUUCAUCAUUAUUAUUUAUCAAAGGAAUUGAUUGCGCCGCGUGAGGUUCUGCCAUUAUAAUAUGUUACAAGAGGAACGGUCUGAGUGGGAAAUGAGAGAACAACUGCAUGGUGGGAAGUAAUUAGACAAGGAAUCCAGCUUCCUGCCUCCCAGCCCGUGCAGUCCACAGUUACGCUGUACCACGUUACAUACUUCUUUCACCAGAGUAUUACUCACAUCCAGAAGCAUUCAUCACUUAUUCCCCACACCCUUUAUUUAAAGAGUAUGUGAUAUCCUAUUCAUGUUCAUAGCCAACAACACCAUAAAUUAGAUUUCACUUGUGAAUUCAUUAAAGUGGCACUGAAACUGUU